AGUGAGCCCGGUCUUUGAAGGAUAACAGAGUAUCGCCCCGGCGGACAGCAGCGGUAGCCUUCUGGCUCGGAUAUUUUUUCAUUUUCUGGAUUUUUUCCCCCACACACAAACUCCAGGAUGCCUUCAAAUCUGCAAGGAGGGAAAUCCUUUGGACUGUUAAAGGAGCAGCAAAGGGUGAAACUGGACGAAAUAAACAAGGAAUACCUGGAAGACCAGAAAUACAGGGAUGAAGAAGACCUGGCAGAAAAGUUGGAAGGUCUCAAAAAUAAAUAUGCCGAGUUUGACCUGAAUGACCAAGGAGAGAUAGAUAUGAUGGGUCUGAAGCGGACGAUGGAGAAGAUGGGGGUCCCGAAGACCCACCUGGAGCUGAAGAAGAUGAUCGUGGAGGUGACGGGCGGCAGCAGCAACACCAUCAACUACAGAGACUUCGUCAAGAUGAUGCUGGGCAAGCGCUCAGCGGUGCUCAAACUAGUGCUGAUCUUCGAGGACAAAGCCAACGGCGGCGCCUGCAAACCGGACGGCCCCCCCCCAAAGCGGGACAUUUCCAGCCUGCCUUAACUUAUAUCAGAGUGCUGGUGGAGCAGAGGGACCGUCGGUGUCGUCGAGUCGUUCUCUUAACAUGUGGAGUGUUGUGUGGGACCAGGGAUGGAGAAGUUGUGAUACACGGUGUGUGCAGGGUGUUUGUUAUUUUUGGAAGAAUGAGCCCACAACUCACUAAAUGAUGUUUGACUGUGAAUAUUCAUCUUAUUUUCCCUUUAAUUGAAAUGUAGCGUUGGUUAGUUGUGAAUCUGCUUCAUAAAUGAUAUUUUGUAGUAAGUGUUUCAUGGAUACAUUUUAAGGGAAGACUCCAAAAUGUUCCAGUUUUUUCUUUCCUUGUUUCGUAUUGAGGGCAUUAAUUUUAGUGAGGCGAGAGUAGGAUGCUUUUGGGGAAGCACGAGGAAAAUAAAAAGCAGUUUUCCGGCACAUUCCCUGCACUGACCUCAGUGUUGUUGGAUGGAUUCCUGCCAGGCUAAUCUUGGUCAACUUCUCUCUUUAGAUCAGAGAUUAGGCCCAGCCCAUUUCUUCUGGGUCAGAGUCAUCAAGCUUUGGAGCCUAAAUACUGAUCUGGCAUCAGUAACUAGGUUAUCAUGGCCUCCUCAUGAUCUGAAAAACAUUUUUCUGUACUGCUAUGCGUUUUUAACAUUCACUCACUUGUUGGGAGAGGAAUAAGAGAUCAUGUUGACCAUGUGACUUUCAGUUUCAGUAACAGCAAAUCUGACUUUUUUAACAUCUGUAAGGCUAAAGCACAGGAGUUUUGGAAGGAGUGUGAUUUAAAGUCACACAAAUAAAAACAAAUGUACAUAAUAUACUACACUCAGUACAAUCAUAUUCUUUCCAAGUGCCUCAACCUGAAGAUACUGUAGAGCUCAAACCGAUUAAAAAAGGAGGGAGUGCACAGUUCAAGCAGUCCUCUUAGCUUACUAAUUCAAGAGAACAGUGAAAUAAUUGUAAUUUCUUAGUUUUGAUGAUGUAUGUUGAAUUAUAUUGAUAUGGUGUUUCCACGACAUUCUGAGUGAAGUGUUGUUUUUUCCCUUUUUCUUACCAGGAUUUUAUUUUUGUAACAUCCCAGAAAGUGUUUAACCUGUUAAGUGAUGUCAUUGUUUAGUUUACCCUUCAUUUGUCUUGCAAUGCAUACAUAUGUUAUUUCUCUUUGCUUUAGGUGAUUUUGUUUCUCCCCACGCUUCUUUCAUCACCCCUCUGUGAUGGGUUCAUUGUCCUGUGAAAUGUGUGCCUCAGUGUUCCCUUAACUCACUUACUGUGACUUUGGUACUUGUAGUAUUUUUUUAACCCACUUAAAAAUGUCUUAAACUAUUAUGUCAAUUUUGUUUUUCAGCCUGACAGGUAUAUCACAUCUUUUAAUGUUGUUUAAAUGCAAGUGUUUGCAGACACCAAAGGAAUUAAAAUUAUUCUUACACUG